CAGAGUGCGUAUAUACUAGUUUACGAUCGUCAUUUCAAUUCGUUUCGAGCAUACGGAUAAAAAUAAAAAUAAAAAUAAAAAUAAAAACAGCCACUACGCAAGGCUUAGGCAGCGGAACGAGAUGAGGAAAUGGGCUACGAGAAAGCGGAGGAUAGUCACAGGCAAAUAUGUUAACGAUUGGCUACCGACUUGAUCACCACCCAGACAACGUCUACAAAGUAAGAGAAGACAGUUGGGGGGCAACUCCUUCGAUCCAAUGAGCGGUCUGCUUCAUUACUGUAACGUGGAGUCGUAGACAAGGGAAUGAACCACAUGGUCAUUGCCACCCAUGCCAGUGGAAUCCUCCCCUAUUCCCUAUUCUAUAUUCGCCCUGCACACAUUAUGCCUAGGCAUGUUACGUAUAUAUGUCCGUAUGUAUGUAUGCAUAUGUAUUUGUAUGCAGCCCUUCACCUUGGAUGCGGACGACUACAACGCUGAAAAUAUCGUGCCCUGGGAACCCUGAGAAGAGAUUGGCUCGCCCUCGACUUUACCAGAGCUAAGGGUCCAAGCGUUCAUAUUCCGGUUCUGUUUGAUUGGACCCGAAUGGGUGGGCAAACCCGUCCGCCCCCGACCCUGAGGAACCCUGUCAUUCUCACUGGAUGAUCAGACUUUAAAAGGUUGCUUAAGGAACGCGUGUCUUCUUCGUCUUAUCCUUCCCACUUUUGGCAGGCGACAGA